CAGCCUCUUUGUAAUGGCUCUGUUAACACAAGCGAAGAUUUUUGGGCCUGAACCUCAAGCGAAGUCAGCGAAAAUUAGGGCAAAUCAUGAAGUCACAGAGUACUCUAUUAGCGGCUUUGAAAAAUAGGAAGAUUAAGGCAGGAGAUUUCUUAGAUGAUGAUAUUGUUAUCCCUGAUUCAUGGAAUCAAGACCCAAUGAUCUACAAUGUCAAACCAAAGCAUAACACUGAUGUAGCAGGAGUUGUCUCAGGCCACGAGGACAGAUUUGAAUUUCACAAUUAUAAUUCAAAGGUUAUUAUUCAAAAGAGUGAUUCAGAAAUGGGAGAUGAUCCUCCAUUUACUACCAAAAACAAGCUAAAUGCGCAUAGAAGAACUGUAAACAAGAAGUUUGCUGAAACACAGAUUGAGAAUUGGCAUGCCAAAAACCCUUACUUUGUCGAUCAGCCAGAUCUCCACCAGAAGUCAAAGAAGAAUGGUAAUCGACCUCAGACUGUAAAGCAGAGGAAUAAGGACAAGGCCAGUUAUUUUCGCUUAAAGAAUGGUCUCAAUAAACAUGGACAAGGGAUAAAUUUACGGAAUAGUUGACAUUACGGCAAUCACAUCUCUCUUAAGUAUGUCGAAAACCCGAAGGCUAAAACUAGUGCAGAGCUUAGUAAACUCAGACUCAAUGAGACAAGACAAGAGAAUUCCAAGAUCAAAGCUGAAAAGAAGCUUGAGGACUUCGAUCUGAGAAUCAAGCAAAGAGAAAAUAGCUAUUUUAGGAUGAACCAUCAUCCUAAUGAACGGAAAACUCGGUCAAAGAUGGUUCCGCAUAGGACAGAUAGAGAAAAUGUGUACAACAAAAAGCAUUUUAAACCAACUUUUCAAGGUGUUAAUGGGCCUGACAUCCCAUCUUUCUACCAACACCAAAAGGAGUGGUGGAAGUGCAGUAAAGAAUAUGUUGAGAGCCCUGUGAUUACCUCCCAAGCCAAACUCAAGCAGAAUGCUAAGCUUGGUGGGCCAUGUGACAACAUCUUGCUAGCUGAUUACUCUGUUGAGGAGGCCCCACAGCAGGCAUUCAAAGAUCACAUCGUGAUGCGGAAGAGCAAGAAGGAAGUCACAGAGAAACCCAAUGCUAAUCGGAAUGUUAAAAAGACCAAGAAGGGCAAGAGACAACGUAGCAAUUAUAUCAGAUGGAGUGACAAACAAGGGAAAAUACUUUCAUGCAAAGGGAGGUAUUUCAAUAACCUUAAAGCUCAGGGCUCCUUCUCUACUGAUUAUAAGCCCUUGUUUUCGUCAUUUAAUAAGGAAGGCAUCUUUAUACCUCCUCCUAGUUCGAAGGAUGCUCUGAAACAGCAGCUUGAUGAGCAGAAAAGAAACAUGAGGUCUAAUGCACCCAAUUCGGGGAAUAACACACAUCGGAUCUCUGCUAGUGUGGCUAAGAAGGAGAAGCAGAAGGGUCUGCUCCCAGGGGAGCAGACUAUGUUCAAAGCUCUUAGGUCUUCAUACCUGAGCUCUGGAGCUAAGAAUGCCAAAGUGGAAGCCUCUAGUGUAUCUUCUACGACUAAACCAAACACCGCUGGUGAGAAGGGAAGGAGAAGAUGUGUCUCUAUUCGUUCUGGAGCUUUCCAGUUCUAAGUACUCGCUAUUUCCUCUUUCCG